AUGGGGGCGGUGCUGGCCGUGGCGGUGCCGGCCACGUUGGUCACCUGGAUCACGAUCCUCGUGCUACUCGCCCUCUUCAAGCUCCUCCUCCUCGCCUUCGGCCUCGGCCCCCUCUGCCCCUCCCUCCCCCUUCUCCCCUUCCUGUUCACCUCCUUCUUCCCUGUCAAGAUCCAAACCAAACCCAAGCCCAAACCUCCCAUCUCUUCAUCUUUGUCCACCCUUCACCGCCUCAUCACUGCCGUCAGGGUUCUCCUCUUGGCCACCAUCAUCUCCAGCUACCGCUAUAGUGAUAGAAUGCAUCCGUACCUCCUCCUCGCCAUCUACUGCUGCCACAUCUACCUGAUCCUAGAUCUCGGUCUCGCCUCCAUUGCCAAGAUCGCCACCGGUCUCCUUGGCCUCGAGCUGGAGCCCCAGUUCAACAACCCCUUAGGCGCCUCCUCCCUUCAGGACUUCUGGGGCCGCCGCUGGAACCUCAUGGUCUCUUCCAUCCUCCGCCCCUCCGUCUACGACCCCGUUCAAGCCCGCUGGGGGCUCGACGCCGGCAUCCUCGCCACCUUCUUCGUCUCCGGCCUCAUGCACGAGCUCAUGUUCUACUACCUCACCUUGGCACUUCCCACCGGGGAGGUUACCGCGUUCUUCGUCCUCCACGGGCUGCUCACGGUGGCGAAGAGGAAGGUUCGGAAGGCCGGCUGGUGGCGGCCGCACCCCGUCGUGGCGGCGCCGCUUGCACUCGGGUUGAUCGUCGGCACCGGGUACUGGCUCUUCUUCCCGCCCCUCCUGAGAGGUGGGGCCGACGCGGUGGGGCUGGUGGAGUUUUCUGCUGUGAUGGGAGUUUUCCAAACCCCCUCCAAUAUCCCAUGUACUUUUUGCUGA